AUCAGUCCAAGAUGGUCACACCGAACGACGCGCGAGCGCGCACCUUGCCGCUGCCCGACGAUGAAGAGCUCGUGCCGUCGCCCGGCCUCCGCUUUGACGCCUUUGCCAUCACGAACGCCAGCCAAUCGACGACCUUUUUCAAGGUACGCUACGUCAUCCUUGGCUACUACUUGAGCUAGGAUACUGGCCUAGACUGGCUGUGCGGUGUGUCCGGACGCCUCGCUGUCGUUGCACGCGACCCCGGGGCGCAUUCGGUGUACGCUGCCAAACGGGUUUUGGACGAGCUUGGACGUGACGACGAUCCUCGACUUUACGAGCGAUGUGGCGCUAAGCAAUCUGCACCUGGUGCAGUGCAUGUACCUCGGUGACCGCGUCCAAGUCGAGUCGCUUGCGUUCGGUCCGGUGCAAGCCAAUGUCGCGACCUCCUGGACGAGGAAGCGCAUGAACCCCUUCUACUUUGCGACGCCGAGCGCAAUGACGUCGCCGGCACGUAGCGACGUCUUUUACUUCAACGAAAAGAACGCGCUGGUCGGCCACCACCGCCUCUUGCUCGGGUCAGUGCUCACGCCCGACAACCAUUACAAGAACCAGCUCGUCGACCACGUGGUCCUCCGUGAGCGCGCGAGCAUCCGCACCACGUUGCACAAGGUUGUGAUCGUCCCGUCGCUCUACAAGUAUAACCGCGAUGUGCUUUUGGACGCGAUUGACGAUGGUGCUGACGACAUUGUUCGGCUCCUUGUCGACCACGGCGCCGACAUCAAAGGGGUGUGCAGUGACCGGCUCCUCGCCCGGGCCCUCGAUCAGAGCGACGUCGAGACGGCGAUCUAUGCGCUCAAGCAUGGCGCGGACGUUCAGUCCCGAAUCGAGCUCGCUCGUAUGGUGCUGGCCGGCAACGACGCCAUGCUCGAGGUGCUCGUGAAUGCAGGCGCGUACCUCGGCGACCCGUGCGACCUCCACAAGUACAUUCGCUGCGGCCGGCGCUGCCCGCCCACCGAGGCGCCCUUGGUCGCAGCGUACACGAGCAACCAACCACGCAUGGCGCAGCUUCUCCUGGACCUCCACGCGCCGAUCGACGUAGCGCAAAAAGCUGCUCCCCGCAACUGCCUCCUGGCGCUCUGUCUACCGCACCUGACGGACGAGUGUGCGCGCCGGUGGCAUAUCCUGCAGCUCCUCGAGCGCGGCGCUGCCACCAUGAUGCACAAGCCCAACCAGGACGGAAUGACACCGUACGAGCUGGCGACGGCGAUGGGCGCGACAACGAUUCGCAAAAGCUUUGAUCUCUACACCAAAUCCUCAGCCGCAAAGCUGGCGGACGACGGACCAGUGGACGACAAUUGCGCGUCCCCGGCGGGCAGCUCGGCGCUGAGUUACACGUACGACUCGGACGCGUCGGAUGACGUCCUCGAUCAGUAG